AUGGAAGAGCACGAUUUCCGCCGCACGCGUCUGCGCGACCCUCUUGUUGCUUGUGCUGUGUUGCAAGAGGCCGGUAGAGCCGAGCUUUCAGCCGGUCUUGUUGUUCAUGCAGAGUCUAUUGAGGAUGGGACCCUCAUAGCCUUGGGUCUUACGUUAGACGUUUCCGUAUCUCUGGCACUUCCAGCCGUGACGGAGCCCAUCCUUUAUACCUCAAAGGCUGCCACUCUGGAGAUGGAGGAAGCGCAAAGACGCGCUCUGUGCUAUAUUUUCUCUCCAGCAGUCCUUCGUCCUGUGCCCCUGUCGCACAUGGACGUUGCUACGUUAUACGCCACCCUUGGCCCCGCACCGCGCCUAGAUCCACCGUCGUUAGAAGCGAGCUGCCAGCCGACCAGGUUGCUCCCCACUCUGCUACCUUUUCAACGAAGAUCUGUUGCGUGGCUACUCUCCCGCGAACAUAAGGCAGUCGACGCAAACUUCGACUUAGUCAAUCACACGGUUGACGAGGAGUUGCCUUUGUUCUGGCAGGAAGUGUCUGCUAAGUCGGUUCAGGGUGUAGACCAAAAGCUUUACGUGAACAAUGUCACCGGCGAAGUGUCCGUCAGCAGGCCGAGCGACGCUGAUCCUCUCGGCGGUAUCCUCGCCGAAGAGCCUGGGCUGGGCAAGACGCUCGAGAGCAUUGCUCUCGUCUUGCUCAAUCCUGCGGUGGGUAGAAAUCCCAGCGUGAAAUCAUGGAAUGCAGACGCCAGGAUCUUCAUGAAAGAAGUAAAGACAACCCUCAUCGUGACCCCCACGUCGUUGUCCCAGCAGUGGGUAGACGAGCUGAAGCUCCAUGCGCCGAGCCUCAAAGUCCUCGUAUACGAAGGCUGGGCUAAGGUCAAGGUUCCUAUCACGGAAAGUGACUUGGCUCUCGCGAGAGAAGAGCGAGUCAAAGAAAGCCGAGACAACGCGAAGACCCAGGAAGAACCCUGGGACAUGGACGUCGACGACGCAGAAGAGUCCCAAGCCGGCCAGCAGGAGGCGGACGAGGAAGACGGGUUGAUGGACUGGUGCAACUACGUGAACCAGUUCGACGUGUGUAUCACGACGUACAACGUCUUGCAACAAGACCUCGGCGUCGCGCGUCCGCCUCCCGACCGGCCUCGCCGCACAAUCGCGACGUACAUCAACAUCGAGCGCUCACGCAGCCCGCUCGUCAUGUGUGAGUGGUACCGCGUCAUCAUGGAUGAGGUGCAGAUGGUUGGAGGCGGGAAAACUGAGGAGAUGGUGUCGCUCAUCCCUCGCUUGUCUUCUUUUGCGGUCUCGGGAACUCCCGCACGGUCGCAGAUUGGGGACCUUAUCCACGUCCUAAACUUCUUGCGUAUUGAUGCGGUCACUCCACGCACAUGGGCUAGGCUACUGAAGCCUGGCUAUUCGGACCAGCUUGUCGAAUUGUUCCUGCGCUACGCUAUCAGGACCAUGAAAGCUUCGGUCAAAGACGAGCUGACAAUCCCGAAGCAAACCCGGUACCUCGUUCCGAUCGAGCUUGGCCGCGUAGAACGACACGUAUAUGACCAGAACCUUGAGAAAGCCCUGCUGGAGCUCGGCUUCGACGCUCGCGGCGUUGCAGUUGCGGAGAAUUGGGAGGUUGACACCGCGAACCUGCGGAGCUGGCUGCGCAAGCUGCGUGGCAUCUGCACACACCCGCAAGUUGGCCAGCUGCAGAACCAGGCAGACAAGCUGCACAAGCCCGGCGUCCUCAAGACGAUCGGCGAGGUGCUCGAGAGCAUGAAAGACCAGAACUGGCGCAAUCUUAUGGAGGACCGCCGCGCGAAAGUGCAGAUGAUGACGGUCACAGCCCAGCUCUACCAGCGGCACGAAAAGCACCGUGCGCACUACCAGAUGACGCUCGAGGUCCUGCUCAAGGCGGACCAAGAGGCGAACGACCUCAUCCGGGACGUCGAGUCUGCCAUAGCAGCGCACGACCAGGAAGGGAAGCGGCUCAAGAUAGAAGCGGCCACGCUUGUUGCUGAGCACGAGGGCGACGCGGAGGACGGCGAGGGGCAGCGCCGUGAUAAGGGCAAGGGUCGGGCGGCUAGCGAAGAAGAGGACGACUUGCCGAAGAAUGCUGCAGGAGAAGAGCAUCGCGUGAAGCGAAGAGCAUUGCAACACCGGCUUAGGGAGUGUCAAAUCACGCUGCACAAGGUGUCCUUCCUCAAGGGUGACGUCUAUCACGUCCUUGGGAAUGCGGCUGAAGAGGUCGCCGCCUACGAGAAGGCAGACGGCCUGAGGCGGCUUCUGCUGCGCGGAACCGAGGAGACUGCGGAACAUGCCAUGGCUCAUCUGGCAGAAUCGAGUGAAUGGUUGGCUGAGAAAGAGUUGAUGAUCGAGGUCCCAUAUCUCGGAGCUGGUGGAAUUCGUUCUAGUGCGCUGAUGGAAGAAGUCCAUGAGAAAAUCGAAGAGCUUCUGAACCAACAGUCGGCUCUCCUCUUCAAGUGGCGUGCACAUCUUAUCAAGCUGCUUACGAUGCCCCUGAACUCUAGGGGCGAGGAUGCCGAUGGGAUGGAGUACGGCCGCAGUCUCGAGACGCAGGGCGAAGCCGAGACGUAUCUCCAGGUGUACGCCGCCUUGCUUGCGGACCGGCGCGAAGCGAUGACCGCAGAGCGUACGCUCCUCGCGGCACACGACGUUCGCGAGAAGAAGUCGCGCCGGACGAAAGCGGCGAAGAAAGCAGAGCUCGCGCUGAUGGACGAGGAGGUCAUGCUUGCUGUUGGCGAUCUCGAGCCGCAACCGCAAGAUGAGGCCCGCUACAGCGAGCUCAAUGACCAGCGGAAAGCACUGCUGGAGGACCACAACCCGGAGCGGGCCAUACGAUCGAUCAUGGUUGAGCUCAGCCGUAUCGCUGUCGGGAUUGUGCGCAAGGACGAUCCUGAGAAAAUUAUUGCCACUGAGGCAGCUGACCAACUACGAGAACUGCUGGCUGAGCAAGGCAAGCUCAUGGAGAAGCUGCAAGCGGACCUGAAUAAGCUCCGCAAGACGUUCAACGAGCGCAUCCAGUACUUCCGCCAACUUCAAGAGGUAUCUGAUACCGUCGCCGACAUCGAAUGGGAAGGGGCAGUUGAAGAGGCCAUCCAGAGUAACGCGUAUGACACCAGUGAAUUGGAUGUGAAGAUCAAUACUGGCAAGGCUCGUCAACGGUAUCUGGACCAUUUGGCCAAGUCUCAAGGCGAAGGUAACAUGGACAGUGAGGAAGAAUCGUGUAUCCUGUGCAAGUGCGAUUUCGAUAAGGGCUACAUCACGCAAUGCGCCCAUGUAUUCUGCGAGGAUUGCAUGAAAGCCUGGCUGACUCGCGAAAAGGGCAAGACCUGUCCGGUUUGCCGAGUCGCCGUUCAUCCUGACACGAUGCAGCGUUUCGCUCUGGGCGACAAGUCUCAGAACCAGGCACCGCCCAAACCUAUUAACAACGAACCUGCCCCGCGGUCGAAACGACGCAUCGAUUAUAACAUUGUCGAUCUAGACAUCUUCCGUGACAUAAAUACUAUGGAGGCCUUGGGAAGCUACGGCAGCAAGAUUGAGACGCUUAUCAGGCACCUCCUGUAUGUACAGAUCGUCGACCCUGGAGCGAAGAGUAUUGUUUUCUCUGCUUGGGCUGAUUCUCUUCUCAUCAUCGAGCAUGCACUUAAACGAAACUCCAUACCUUGCCUGAGAAUCGACCAGAGCACGAAAAAGGAGAACGCGGUUAAGAAAUUCAAGAGAGACCCGAGCAUUCAGGUUUUGCUUCUGCAUGGUGAGCGAGAAAAUGCCGGUCUCAACAUCACCUGUGCAUCCAGGGUCUUCCUCGUGGAGAGCGUGGUCCAUCAUGCAUUCGAAAUCCAGGCUAUUGCCCGCAUAGAUCGAAUGGGUCAGACGCGCCCGACGGAGGUGUUCUGCUACUAUGCUGAAGACACUGUCGAACGUAACAUCUUGGAUCUCGCAGUCCGCAGAGGCCAGUCCCUGUACACGAAGGAUAAGGCCGCCGGUACCCUGACAGCUGGACCGAUUACCGCACCGAGCAAGAACGGCAUAGACGCACCGAAGAAAAGGGCGCAAAAGGGCGAUUUCGUCUUUAAGACGGAAGACAUGCUUGCCAUCUUCUUCCCCCACCUGUUCGAGGACAUCGAGUUCCUCAUUCCCUCAGGCGACUCUGGUCAGAGCCCGGAGCGGUCUGGCGGUAGCCAGCCAUCGCAGCCCAUCGCAGGGCCGUCGAAAUUGACCUGA